AUGAAGCUGGCUGGAGCUCUCGUGCUGCUGGGGGCCGCCCUGCUCCUGACCUCAGGGGGAGAUUGUGACGUGUGUCCAGAUAUAGCAAAGGAGGCUCAUCUGUUUCUUAAUGGGAAUGUAUCCGACUUUGUUAAUUUCAUCAAACAAUACAACUCUCACCCUUUGCUACUGAAAGUUGCUAAAGAGCUGAAGACAUGUGUGAACAACAAGUUGACAGAGGACAACAAAAAGCACGCGACAGCUUUGCUGGUGAGUCUCUUAACUUCCUCCCGCAGCUGUGCUUGGGCCUCCUAA